CGCUAGACACAUGUGAAUCACUAGUCAACCCCUUCUACAUUAUUAAACUCCGGCGACGAGUCGCAGCCCUGGCCCGGUCAAUACCCAGCCGGGCCUUUUUUUUUUGUUCGGACGAAUUCCAGUUAUAGGAAUUCUCUGCAAGGCUUUGCUAGCUGAUUCAUGGAAGAAAUAAUCAAUUCAUCGUCAAAACUUACUUCAACAUGCAUCUAUAUUUCAGCAACUUCCGUAAAUACGAAGAACCGGAAAUCAAAUCCCCAGUCAAAGGGGUUUUUGUCUUCAUUUAUGAUAGUCUAGCCGGGUUUGCUGUAUUUUUUUCCAUCCACGAACUUCUAUUGAUUUCAGGGUUGAAAUAUAGUAGUGUUUCUACAAUGUCUAGUUUGGAGGAGCCUCUUGGUAUGGACAAAUUGCCAAGCCUAAGCACCAUUGAUCUUUUCCAUAGACUCUCAUCCAACGGCUGUAGCACAAGUGGAGGGGACACUGGAAUGGGAAAUUGCUGGAUUGAGGGAAAUACUUCCACCUCAUCAAAUAGUGAUGAGGAUGAUUUUGAUUAUGAGAAAGGAGAAUUCAUUUCGAGACAUAAAGCAAGAGAUAUGUCUCAAAGCCAAGGGAGGAACCAUGUAGGAUAUGAACAUUUAGCAUACUUUCAGCAUAAUGAUGUAGGCCUACAGUACAUAACAAAUCAGAUUUUCAAAGGCAUACCAAAGUAUGUGAAGAUAGUGGAAGUUGGUGCAAGGGAUGGACUACAAAAUGAAAAGAAUAUGGUUCCUACAUCUGUUAAAAUAGAACUAAUUCAGAGGCUUGUUUCUACUGGAUUAUCUGUUGUUGAAGCCACAAGUUUCGUUUCCCCAAAAUGGGUACCUCAGCUGGCAGAUGCAAAGCAUGUUAUUGAAGCAUUUACAAACAUUGAUUCUGUGAGAUUGCCUGCAUUGGUUCCUAAUAUGAAGGGUUUUGAAGCUGCCAUUGCAGCUGGAGCAAAGGAAAUAGCUGUUUUUGCAUCAGCAUCCGAGUCAUUCUCAAAGUCAAACAUUAAUUGCACUAUUCAACAAAGUCUUGCUCGUUAUCGUGCUGUUGUAUCUGCUGCUACAAAGCUCUCUAUUCCUGUUCGUGGAUAUGUGUCAUGUGUGAUUGGAUGCCCGGUUGAUGGAAUGACACCUCCAUCAAAAGUUGCAUACGUGGCAAAAGAACUUCAUGACAUGGGUUGUUAUGAAAUAUCACUUGGGGAUACUAUUGGGAUUGGGACACCAGGCACGGUAAUUCCAAUGCUUGGAGCAGUGAUGGCAGUUGUUCCUGUUGAAAAGCUUGCGGUUCAUUUCCAUGACACAUAUGGCCAAUCUCUUCCAAAUAUUUUAGUGUCCCUCCAGAUGGGAAUAAGCACAAUAGAUUCAUCCAUCGCAGGAUUAGGAGGGUGCCCAUAUGCCAAGGGUGCUUCGGGAAAUGUGGCUACUGAGGAUGUGGUUUACAUGCUUGAUGGCCUUGGUAUCAAAACCAAUGUUGAUCUGCGUAAGCUUUUGCAAACGGGCGACUUUAUCUGUAAACAUUUAGGACGCCCAUCAGGGUCGAAAGCUGCGCUCGCAUUUAGCCAUAAGAAUUAAAAAUGCAAAUAUUCAUUAAUUGUAUACAAACAAUUACAUUUUCUCUAAUAUAUAUAGGCUAAUA